UGUUUCAAUCCGUGGAUCUGACGGUGGCUCUUGUGUUUUAUCGUCUUUGCUUCUGACAUGAUAAAACGGAACACGAUGGACAACAUCCGCCCUGCCUAUGUGAUUAUUUGUCUCUUGUAUUCCUGCUCGGCUUUGCAGCCGAAUUUCGUCCUUCUCUUCGCAGACGAUUUGGGUUUUGGUGACUUGGGCUGUUACGGCCAUCCCAGUUCCCUGACUCCUAACCUGGACCGGCUGGCUGCGGGGGGGCUCCGCUUCACAGACUUCUACUGCACCAGUCCGGUCUGCAGCCCGUCCAGGGCGUCGUUGCUCACAGGUCGCUAUCAGACUCGCUCAGGUAUCUACCCAGGUGUGUUGUACCCGGGGUCCAGAGGUGGUCUCCCUCUGAAUGAGACCACCAUCGCCGAGGUGCUGAAACCAGUGGGCUAUGCCACCGCCGCUAUGGGCAAGUGGCACCUGGGAUUGGGAGCCAAUGGGACGUUUCUUCCAACCAGACAGGGAUUUGACCAGUACCUGGGGAUCCCAUACUCUCAUGACAUGGGCCCCUGCCACAACCUGACUUGUUUCCCUCCAGAUGUCAAGUGUUUUGGAACAUGUGACGUUGGUACUGUAACCGUCCCACUAAUGCACAACGAAAACAUCAAGCAGCAACCAGCCGACUUCCUCAAUCUGGAAGGAGCUUACAGGGACUUUGCAACCAAUUUCAUAAACACAGCCGCGAAGAACAAACAGCCGUUUUUCCUUUAUUACCCAUCACAUCACACUCACUACCCACAGUAUGCGGGCAAAGAGGCAGCAGGUCGCUCUUUGAGGGGUCCAUUUGGAGAUGCUCUCUUGGAGUUGGACAGCACAAUAGGAAACCUGAUGAUAACUCUGGAAAAGACCGGAGUGAUUAACAACACACUUGUCCUCUUCACAUCUGACAAUGGCCCUGAACUGAUGCGCAUGUCACGUGGCGGCAAUUCUGGCCCGCUGAAAUGUGGCAAAGGUACCACAUAUGAAGGAGGCAUGAGAGAACCAGCCAUUGCACACUGGGCAGGGACCAUCAGGCCAGGUGUGACUCAUGAGAUGGCCAGCACUCUGGAUAUCCUCCCAACCAUCGCAGCCCUGGCAGGAGCCCCACUACCCCCUGUGAUGCUGGAUGGCUUUGAUAUGACAGACGUCCUUCUCAGCCGAGGAAAUAGCAAAAGGGAGGCAAUGAUGUUCUACCCGAUAGACCCCAAUGAAGCGCACGGCCUGUUUGCGCUCAGGUUGGGGAAGUACAAGGCUCACUUUUACACACGAGGUGCAUCCCACAGCGGUACUACCCCAGACCAGGACUGCCCGGUGUAUGCAGUUCUCAAAGCCCAUGACCCCCCUCUUAUUUUUGACCUGGAGGCCGACCCCUCAGAGCACUACCCUCUCCCGCUGGAGGAGAGACCCGACAUCCAAACCGUGUUGGAGCGGAUCAUGAAAGUCAAGGCACAGUUUGAAGCCUCCAUGGUGUUUGGACAGAGCCAGUUGGAAAAAGGGACAGACCCGAACCUUGCACCUUGUUGCAAUCCCGAGUGUACUCCCAAACCCGGGUGCUGCCACUGCUGACAGAACAAACUAUUGCUGCUGUGUGUGAAGACGGUGAGGAAACGUCCUGGUUUGUUGCUCCGACAUCACUUUAAAAUUACUACAUCAAAGUACGAUAUCAAUGGUGCGAUGAAUAUCAGUUUGAAGUUGUGCUGUGUUGUUUUCUUGCGGACGAUUAAUCUUCUCUUCAUACUGAAACAAUUUUCCUCAGUGAGGAUGUUUUCAUGAUGUUAAAACUGAGUACUCUCAAAACUAAUCUAAAACUCCAAAUAAGAAAAAGUUGGAACAAUAUAGAAAAUGAAAAAAAAAAUAUAUGAUUCUUAUAUUUACUCUGACUUGUAUCUUGGGAGACAAUAUAAAACCCAAGAUAUGUGUUUCUUUGUCAAAGUCAUUUCAGAGGUUUAUUUACAUCCUCAUUGCACUUUAUGCCUGAAACACAUUAUUAGCAGCUGAGGCAGUAAGGACACUUUGGCGCAUGCCAGGGUUGGGGACAGAUAGAGAUGGAGACCUCCGAGUUGGACAUUAAUCAACUUUAACCACUACGAAGACAUUUGUUGGCCUAAAAUGCAAAAUGUGUUUUUUAAUACACAAAUUAAAUGACUGAAAACAAAUAUAUAAACCGCAUUUCUGGACUAUAAGCUGCACCUGCAUAUAAGCCGCAUCCGCUCUAUUUUUAAAAAAAUAAUAAAAAAAAGAUAUACAAGCCACACCUGCAUACAAGCCGCAUCCGCUCUAUUUACUACAUGUACAGAAGGAUUUUGAACUGUAAAUGAUGUACAUGUUUGUACCUAAAUAGAUCCUUUCCUAACAGUGUCUUUUAACACGGCAGCAACUUUGCAACUUUGCUUCUACCUACUUCUAUCUGCUAAAGAAGAAGUAGCGUAUUCUUCUUUGCAUUUAUUUUUUCUUAGUUUUGAUUGUAAUUCCGGUUAGAGCAGCCUGAGCGGUGGAAGAAAAAUCUGCAGAAUAGCCGCACCUUUGUAUAAGCCUCGUGGUUGAAAACCUAUGAAAAAAGUAGCGGCUUAUAGUCCAGAAAAUACGGUAUAUAUGGUUCAUCCCAUCUGCAAGGAAAUAAAAAGUUAUAAGUUAUAAGAACCACUUCAUUUUUAUUUUUUUAUGGAUUUUUUGUUUAUAUUGUAUAUUGUUUCCACUUUUUGGGGGGUUUCUAUAACUUUGUUCACUUUCUUUGAUUUGUACUGUAACGUCCACUUUGCAAUGUGAUAUUAAAAGAAGCGAUUUGUUUGUGUGAAAAUGUUUGCAGAGGAUUUCAGAGAUACAGAUGAGCUGCUCA